CCAGCGGAGCCAGAGCUUUUUCCAAGCACUUCUCCAAGGCUGUGGAUCAUACUCAGCCCUUGGGAUUAUGACUCAGAACGGGGCUGGGUGGUCAAGCACUCCUUGGAAGUGUCCUCUAGCUUUUUCGUUUAUUUGUAGAAUCCCACGAGGGCCAAUUUGGGGAUCUUGUUGCUCUUGCAUGAGUCCUGUGGUUCUGUUGGCUGUCGUACCCUCACAUGAGAAUUAGCAGAGAACUGCAGCAGCUUAGCACUUCCUUGCCUUUCACCCUUCCUCCCCAAUGUGCAGACUUGACCUUGGCCCGGUCCUGAGCCUCUAGAGCCUGGCAGCUUGACCCCAAAGAUGCAGAUCUUGUGUCCAAGGGCCCAGUUUGGGGCAACUGUGGAUUUUUUUUUUUUCUGUUCUUUUUUCCCUUCUUUCAGAAAUGAGAGAAGCUGUUUAUAUAUUCCCUUAUUUGACACAACGUGGGGAAAGAGAAAAACAGAGCAAGCUCUUCUGCCUUAUUAGCUUUUUAUCAGAGAAACCAGCAACAUUUGGCAAUAAUGGCCUCUCAGACAAAGUUGGAAGAUAGAGUCCAAGGUUAACUUUAUGGCCAAGGGCACUUUUGAAAAAGUCUAAAGAUAGAGUUUAUGUGUUGAGUACUGUUAAGUGCCGUUACUCUUUAAAAUAUUUGUACUUGAUACUUUCGUAUUAUUUUAAAGAACUUGGCUUGUUAAGCCAUUUCUGUAAAAAGUCCUAUGAAAAUGCUAAAGGCCUAAACAAGCUUUUAAAAUCCUGUAGGAUUUCUCCUUCAGUGGUCUGCUGGGGCAUUUUAUUAAAUAUUUAUUUAGAUGAGGUUUUUUUUCUUUACUCUUUAUUUCACCCCCAGACAUCAGACCCCCUUAUUCCUUCUCCGUUGAUUUCAUGGCAGAUCCCAGGUAACAGGGCUCGUGAUAGACACUCCACCCAAAAUGGCGUUAAAAGGUGUGGGGAGGGGGGGAGGACAGAAGGGCUAAAAGGCCAGGAGGUAGAUUUUCAGGCACUUCUGGAUCCAGGGGCUCAGGUGGCAUCUUGAGGCAUCUCUGUCCCUUUAUCCCUCAGCAUUGCUUUCCUCGUGUGAGCUGCUUUUCCGGUCAGGCUGUGCUUACGGGGAGGUCCCAGCAGCUCUGGCUUUACGUCAGCCUCACGGUUAGCGCUCCGCCCCCCCACCAGCGAGGAAGCUGCUCUCGUCCAACAGCGCAUGCAGACGCCCUGCGUUUGGCUCUGAUUGGACAGACUUGGGUGAUGUGAGCAAUCCUGAACCAAUCACAGUGGCCAGGAGGGCAGACUAGGCUGAUGGGGCUGGGCCGGGCCAUAGGGUUCCCACCAGGACCAGGGAUGGUUUACGUCAGCCCCACUGGUUUCACAUAGGUUCGGGGUGCAGACUCCCAGAGGACUAUGAGACGGAGAGGAAAUACUCGCUGGGCAGACAGAAUAGAAAGCCCGUUACUUGGAAUAGUAAGACAUAAAAGCCUUAAUCUGGAAACUUCUGAAUCCCAUCACAGCCACACCUGUCCCCAAAGGUGGCUUUACCUCUUAGAGAAAAAGAACUGUCUAUUCCUCCCAGCACAUGGAGUAUUAAUAGUUGGCGUUUAUUAAAUGUUUCUUUUCUUCAUGCAAAUGUCUGCUCUCAUCUGUCUAUGCUAUCUAUCCAGCUGGUAGUAAUGAAGAAUGAAAAGGUCCCUGGCCUCCAGAAGUUUACCUUCUAACCCAAAAGUCGCUUAACAAGUGUAUUAACUGUUGCUGUAUAACAGUUUACCACAAACUAUAGACUUAAAAGAACAUGUGUUAUCUCACAUUUUCAGUGUGUUAGGAGUCCUGGCUCAGCUGGCUCCUUUGCAAGACUACAAGCACAGUGUUACCUACCAGGGGUGGAUUCUGAUUUGAGGCUCAACGGGGGAUGGAUCCACGUCCAAGCCCACAUGGUGGUAGGCAGCAUCCAGUUCCUUGCAGGCUCUGUGGCACCGCACACGUGGCAGCUUGCAUCUUUGAAGCCACCAGGAGAGAGAUUCUCUUAGCAAGACCGGCAUUACUUUCUUAAUGUAGUGUAAUCAUCCCUUGUGGAACAGGCAUGGUGAGCAAGUGACAACCUCUCUGUGCAUUGACUUCUUCAGUCUGUAAAGAGAAUGCCGCCCAACCGGAGUCUUUGGGAGACUGAGGUGCUCUGCGGGCCUGCCAUGAAACCAGAGUUCCUUGAAAUUGGCUCCAGAGGGGACCCCAAUAGAUGUGACAUCUGGGGAAAUACUCCUCUGCAUUAUGCAGCCUCCAAUGGUCAUGCCCACUGUGUUUCAUUCCUGGUCAACUUUGGUGCCAACAUCUUUGCCCUAGACAACAACUUACAGUCUCCCCUGGAUGCUGCUGCCAGCAGAGAGCAAAAUGAAUGUGUUGCUCUCCUGGAUAAGGCUGCCACUGCCCAGAAUAUCAUGAACCCCAAGAAAAUUACCAGGCUGAAGGAGCAGGCUCAGAAGAAUGCUAGGAGGCAGAUCAAAGAAUGUGAGAAGCUCCAGGAGAAGCACCAAAAUAAGAUGGCUCGCAACUACGGCAAGGAGGAGUCUGGGACUCUUUCUUCUUCCAAGGGCACUUUCUCCACGUCAUCCCUUUCAAAUGCUGCUGCUUCUGGUACAUUUGGGUCACUGUCUAAGGGCAUUAAAGACACCUUCAAGAUAAAGUUCAAGAAGAACAAAGAUACAGCAGAGCAGGUAGGAAAGGAGAGCAGAAGUGGGCAGAGGAAUGUGAUGCAAGUGUUCAGUGAAGAGGAAGAAGGUGCAUUCUCAGGGGACUUCCAAGACAAGCUCCAGUUCUCAGAAGAGGAGGACAGAUGUGCGCAACAUGAAUCCAUUCUCAACCGUCCAGGUCUAGGAAAUAUUGUUUUAAGAAGGAACAAGAUAACAAGUUCCGAAGACAUCUCAGACAGCAAGAGGGAAUUUGGGUUUAAAAUGAGCAGUGAAUUGCUACAGAGACAGGGAACAGCAGAGGCUGAUGAAGCUGAGCCUGAUGAAGAGGAAGAGGACAACAGCCAUGAAGAUGAUCUGCCUUGGGAUGAGGAUGAAGUGGAGUGGGAGGAAGAUGUGGUUGAUGCUACUCCUCUGGAAGUAUUUUUGUGGUCCCAUCAUCUGGAAGAAUUCCUUCCCAUUUUCAUGAGAGAGCAGAUUGAUCUAGAAGCUCUGUUGCUUUGCUCUGAUGAGGACCUUCAGAGUAUACAAAUGCAGCUCGGUCCCAGGAAGAAAGUUCUUAAUGCCAUAAACAGAAGGAAGCAGGUGCUCCAACAGCCUGGACAACUGGUCGACACCAGCCUCUGAUGGAAUGUUGGGUCCACAGGGUGAGUCUGCAGCAAUGGGGUGAUGCUGUGGCCCAUGGAAACACUCAGGCAACACCCCCUCUGCCCAAUACCAGACCACUGGGAAUGGUUUCUAGGGUUUCAGAGAUACCUUCCUAAGAAAGAGGCCCUAACUGUACUCUGAGAAAUACUCUAUACCUGUGUACUCUGACCACCAGUGAGCAACCCAAGGAGACCUGGGAAUAAAAAAAUGGUGUUUUUCUUCAAUUAUCUUUUUGAUAUUAUUGUAUAUAGAAAGGGUUAAAUGGAUGACAGAGAAGGGAAUAACUUUCUUUUCCAACUCUGGACUUAAAAAUUACAAUCUCUCAUCACACAAGUGUGCUGUGUACUUUCUGAUCCUCAAAGCCUGGGGACUCCCACUCCAGUUCUGUUCUUAGCUCUAUGACUUUGUCUGUUGGUGGAGACUUGAGUUCCUCCAUUGGCCUGAGGCUUCAUGCCCAACUUAAAUGUGUCUAACCCCUCAACAGAUGUUUACAUGUUUACAAAUAAUGGACAUGGGUCUAUAAUACUCCUGCCUGGGAAACGAGAUAGAGUGGAAGGUAGGGAGAGUGAAGAAAGAAAUAGAAUACAGGGUACCUUUUAUAUAAUAUGAAUUGUAUCUCCCCCAAAUUCAUAUGUUGAAACCUUAAGCCCCAACAUAACUGUAUUUGGAGGCAGGACCUUUAAAGAGGUGAUUAAGGUUAAAUGACAUCAUAAGGGUCAGAAGGGAUGCAAAUGGAUGGUGUCCUUGUAAGAGGAAGAGACACCAGGGAGGCACAUGCACCAAGAAAAGGUCAUGUGAGGACACAGCAAGAAGACAGCCACCUGCAAGCCAAAGAGAGAGGCUUCAGGAAAAACCAAGCCUUCCAACACCUUGAUCUUGCACUUCCAGGCUUCAGAGAUGUAAAAAAAUAAAUUUCUGUUGUUUAAGCCA